AUGGGUAUAGAAGCAAUAUUGAUUAUAAAUAAAUCAGGUGGUUUAAUUUAUCAUAGAUCAUUUGAUGUUUCAAAGACAAAUCCUACUGGUACCACUUCCAAACAUUCACUGAACAGUAAUGAUUUGUUAAUUUUAGCAAGUACAUUACAUAGUGUUUUUGUCAUAUCAAGCCAAAUAACACCAAAGGCAUUACAAUUAUCUCAAUCCAACCUGAAUUAUACUAUUCCAUAUCAUCCUUAUGUUGGUGUGAAAAAUCCAGAAAAGUCACCCAGGAAUUCUAUUCCAAAUAAAUACGGCAGUUUCAAAGGAGACGAUUAUUUCAAAGAACCGUUCCAUAGUUGGAAUAAAAGCGGAUUGAAACAAUUGAGUACUGAUCAAUUUACCAUGUAUAUAUAUCAAACUAUGACUGGAUUAAAAUUUGUGGCUAUUAGUUCUACUGUGCUACCUUCACAUAACGAUUCAGAAACAAAUAUGAUGAAUAAUAGUGGUAUUAAUAUUAACAAUAAUAGUAGUAAGAAUAUAAAUGCAUUACAAUAUAAUCUUGGUAGUCAGAUUGCAGAUAACCUUUUAAGAAAAGUGUAUUGCAUUUAUAGUGAUUACGUUAUGAAGGAUCCAUUUUAUUCCUUAGAAAUGCCAAUAAAAUCUGAUCUAUUUGAUGAUAAAGUUAAAUCUUUAAUCGAUAAUUUGUUAUGA